AAGCUACAACUGUCAAAAUGCAGUGAAUGUUUAUAAAAAAAGUGACUUCCAUGUUCAGAAAUACGUAAUUUUAUCAAGCAAUUUUUAUUUGGGAUUGCUUUUAUUGCUUCAACACGACACAUUCUUUUCAAGGACAUGGAAGACGAAUUAGAGGACAGAGUUUUGCACCAAACCUACGUUUCGUUCAUGAAAAUUUUGUCACGUUUCUCGAGCAGUGCACCGUUUGAUACUCCUGUGAGCUAUUUAUGGAAAAUGGUGCGUCUUUAUUUACUUCGAUCAGAAGUACUAGUGUUCACUUUAGGCAUCAUAAUAUUUUUCAUGUAUCUCCAAACGAUAGAAUUAUGGAGUCGCACAUUACUGAGCAGAUUAUCGCAAGCAUUGAGUCCAAUGGGAGCUGUGCAACGAAUGAAGUUUAUGGAGGGCUCUGAGGCCGAUAAGCAAAGUUGGGAGCUGAAAGGCACCUUAAGUGCAGCUUAUGCAAUCAAAGGAAGGAGAAUGCACAUGGAAGACCGAUUCAUAAUAAAUGAAAACAUUAACAAUACAGGUAUUUCCCUGUUUGCUAUUUUUGACGGACAUGGUGGCGAAUUUGCUGCCAAUUACGCCAAAGAACAUCUUAUUCAAAACCUGUUCAACAAGAUAGUGGAGCUUAGUGCUGUUAGAGAGGGUAAAAUAAUAAGUACUCCCCCUAAGGAGAGUCCAGAAGAACCGAAGCCCAAAGAAGAGAGCAAUGCAAGUGUUGAAAGAAAAACUAGCUUCAAAAAAGCUGUCAGUACAGCAGAUGACACUUCACGGAAAGAAAUCACUGACCCUGAGCUGUUAGCUCAGCUUUCGAAAGCCAGACCGAUUAUUACAAGAGAAGUGAGGCCUACAGUGAAACCGAUCAAGAAUAUAGCUAUACCAAUAUCGAGCUAUUUGGACAAAGGCAAGAUUAAUUAUGGUAAGCUGCUCACUGAUGAAGUGCUAGCUGCAGACAGGCUCCUGGUGGAGGCAGCCAAGCGUUCCUUGAAUGUGGCCGGAACUACAGCUCUCAUUGCUGUGAUGGAAAAUAACUAUUUGAUUGUUGCCAAUGUUGGUGAUUCUCGAGGAGUUAUGUGUGACUCCCGUGGGAAUGCUAUACCAGUUUCUUUUGACCAUAAACCCCAGCAGGUAAGAGAACAGAAAAGAAUUGAAGCUGCUGGAGGAUAUAUUGCUUUCAAUGGUGUGUGGAGAGUUGCUGGAAUAUUAGCUACGUCUCGAGCCAUGGGAGACUAUCCUCUCAAAGAUAAGAAGUUUGUCAUAGCUGACCCAGACAUUCUUACAUUUAACCUCAAUGACCACAAGCCAAUGUUUUUAGUGUUGGCCUCAGAUGGCCUUUGGGACACCUUUUCUAACGAAGAAGCUGUCAAAUUUAUAAAAGAAAGAUUGGAUGAGCCAGAUUAUGGUGCCAAAAGCCUUACACUACAAGCAUAUUAUCGAGGAUCAGUGGAUAACAUCACUGUCUUAGUUAUAAAUUUUUUAAACAACAAAAUAGCUGCUGCAUCCAUCACUGAGUAAUUAAACAGUCUUUA